AUGUCGCCAAUACUAAAGGAGUACUUGAAUAAAAGAGUCGUUAUAAUCAAAGUUGACGGCCAGUGUCUCAUAGCAAGCUUAAACGGCUUUGACAAAAAUACUAACUUAUUCAUAUCGGACGUUUUCAACCGUAUAGAUAAAGAGUUCAUCUGCAAGGCUCAGUUACUUCGAGGCAGCGAAAUCGCACUUGUUGGUCUCAUAGACUCCGAAAACGACGACAGCUUGGCACCCAUUGAUGAAGAGGGGGUACCGAAGCUAAAAGACACCAGGAAUAUAAUUGAAAAUGAGCAUGUAAUAUGGGGAAAAGUUUAUGAUUCAAAAAAAGAAUAG